CAUUCGAAAAAUGCACUUCCAGUUGAUAGUCCUAGGCAGAUAAUGGAAUUCUCACUCAGCACCCCACACUAUCUCAACACCACCACUCCCUUCUCCACCCUCAUCCACAACCAGAAACACCACUCCUCCUUCUCCUCCUCCUCCUCCUCCGCCAUCACUUCUCUCUCUUUCUCUCUCAAACCAACGCCUCCUCCACUGCCAAAUUCUGAAAACCCCACCAGCUCCUCCCCUCCCUCCAACCAAAUUCGCCGCCCCAAAACCCUCAAAACCACUCCUUCCCCCUCCAAACCCACCUCCAAAAUUCCCUCUAACCCCUUUAGGAACCUCAUUAAUCCCACCCAUGUCCCUACCCCACCAAUUAAGUCCACCACCAACACCAAUUAUCACCCCUUCACUGACAAGCUCUGGCUCACCAGCAAGCUCUCUCCCCCACCUCCACCUCCACCACCCCAAAAGGAAAAUCCUGAAGAAAAUCGAAAACCCAUCAAGGACAAUGCCCCCCAGAAGAAUUCGGAUUUGCCCAAAAUUAAGUUCCAGCAAGAGGGUAAAAUCUUUGUGGGGAAUUUGCCCAACUGGGUCAAGAAAAAUGAGGUUUUCGACUUCUUCCGGCAAUUCGGGCCCAUAAAGAAUGUGAUUCUGAUUAAGGGUCAUGACAGUACUGAGAGAAAUGCAGGUUUCGGGUUUGUGAUUUAUGGGGGUUCGACUGCUGCUAAGUCUGCCAUGAAGGCGGUCGAGUUCGAUGGCGUGGAGUUCCAUGGGAGGGUUCUGACUGUUAAAUUGGAUGAUGGGAGGAGAUUGAAGGAAAAAACUGAGGAGAGGACGCGGUGGAUUGAAGGCAACGACGAGGUUGAGUAUCGUUCUAACUGGCACAAAGAGCGGGACAGCUCGCGCAAGGAAUUGCGCAAGAUUAUGGAUACUGAGCCGGAGAACUGGCAGGCCGUCGUUGGGUUUUUUGAGAGAAUUAAGAAGCCUUCUAGAGGAGAAUAUGGCCUGAUGGUGAAGUAUUAUGCAAGGCGAGGGGACAUGCAUCGUGCUCGUGAAACUUUUGAGAGCAUGCGAGCAAGAGGAAUAGAGCCAACGUCGCAUUUGUACACAAGCCUUAUUCAUGCUUAUGCAGUUGGCAGAGACAUGGAAGAAGCAUUGUCAUGUGUUAGAAAAAUGAAGGAAGAGGGUAUUGAAAUGAGUUUGGUGACUUACAGUAUAAUGGUUGGGGGAUUCGCGAAAGUUGGCAAUGCCGAAGCUGCAGAUCACUGGUUUAAGGAGGCCAAAGAGAGACAUACAGCAUUGAAUUCAAUCAUAUACGGGAAUAUUAUAUAUGCCUAUUGUCAAACAUGCAAUAUGAAUCGCGCUGAGGCAUUAGUGAGGGACAUGGAAGAAGCAGGCAUAGAUGCUCCUAUUGACAUUUAUCACACCAUGAUGGAUGGCUACACCAUGAUUGGCAAUGAAGAUAAAUGCUUGGUUGUGUUUGAACGACUCAAGGAAUGUGGGUUUACACCUUCAGUCAUCAGUUAUGGAUGUCUGAUCAAUCUUUACAUUAAGAUUGGAAAAGUUUCUAAAGCCUUGGAAAUUAGCAAACUGAUGGAAUCAGCCGGCAUAAAACAUAACGUGAAGACCUACUCCAUGUUAAUCAAUGGAUUUUUGAAGUUAAAAGAUUGGGCUAAUGCAUUUGCAGUUGUGGAAGAUUUAGUGAAGGAUGGUUUGAAGCCUGACAUAGUCCUUUAUAAUAACAUUAUAACAGCAUUCUGUGGAAUGGGUAACAUGAACCGUGCUGUUCGUACUGUCAAAGAAAUGCAGAGGGAGAGGCAUAGACCUACAUCACGGACAUUUAUGCCGAUAAUACAUGGUUUUGCAAGGGCUGGAGAAAUGAGAAGAGCUCUUGAGAUUUUCGAUAUGAUGAGGAUGAGUGGAUGCAUUCCCACUGUGCAUACUUUCAAUGCUCUGGUUCUUGGUCUUGUGGAGAAGCGACAGAUGGAGAAGGCUGUUGAAAUAUUGGAUGAAAUGACACUGGCAGGCAUAAGCCCAGAUGAACAUACAUACACAACUAUCAUGCAUGGUUAUGCAUCUUUAGGUGAUACGGGAAAAGCCUUCGAGUAUUUUACCAAAUUGAGGAAUGAGGGCCUGGAGCUAGACGUGUAUACAUAUGAGGCAUUACUGAAGGCAUGUUGCAAGGCAGGCAGAAUGCAAAGUGCUUUAGCUGUCACCAAAGAAAUGAGUGCUCAAAAAAUUCCGAGGAACACCUUUGUGUACAACAUAUUAAUUGAUGGAUGGGCUCGAAGAGGUGAUGUUUGGGAGGCUGCUGACUUGAUGCAGCAAAUGAAAAAGGACGGGGUGCGACCUGAUAUCCACACCUACACAUCUUUUAUAAAUGCUUGUUGUAAGGCUGGAGACAUGCAGAGAGCUGCAAAAACAAUUGAAGAAAUGGAAGCAUUUGGAGUGAAGCCAAACGUUAAAACCUACACUACGUUGAUACAUGGUUGGGCACGUGCUUCUCUCCCAGAGAAGGCUUUUAGAUGCUUUAAGGAUAUGAAGUCGGCGGGGUUAAAGCCAGACAAAGCUGUAUACCAUUGCUUGAUGACAUCUCUGCUGUCAAGGGCUACUGUUGCUGAAGCUUACAUCUACUCUGGUCUUUUGUCCAUUUGUAAGGAGAUGAUAGAAUCUGGGUUGAUUGUAGAUAUGGGAACUGCAGUUCACUGGUCGAGGUGCUUACGCAAGAUUGAACGAACAGGUGGGGAGCUUACAGAAGCCCUGCAGAAGACCUUCCCUCCUGAUUGGAGCUCAUCUCAUACUUUGGAUGUGAGUUCCGACGUAGACAGUGAUGAUGAACUAGAUAUUAUUAGCGAUGACGAUGACAUGGAGUUUGCUAAUAGAAUAGAUGAUGGCAACAUUAUGUCGAGGAUGGUCUGAACGACAGAACAUGGUUCUAAAUCAUGUGCUUAAAGUUAUUGACAUAGGACAUGGCAUAUGUGUUAUGCACGUACAGCCGUUAUGCUCUUGAUGCUGGUUGCGGCAGCAGAACUUCAUUUGAAGCAGGAAAGCACUUUGCAGGAUAAGCACCCCUGCUAUUAUUUUUAUAGUCAUUCUUCCUCUUCAGGCUUAAACGUCCCUUGUACAGAACAACCUUAAUUUUGUGUAUUAAAGAACAUUUUGGUAAUUAGAAUUAGUUUAUUCUUUUUCACCGCGCUUGAAUUUGCCAUUGCCCUUGAUAGAUAGGUCUAACUCCACGUUGUACCUUGGGAGUUUUUGAGCCACUUUACCUACAGUAUAUAUAGAUGCUAUGGGAGGAUUUC